AUGAUCAUUCCACAAACAAUUGAAGCCAAUGGCCCACCUGCUGUCAUCAGCUCUGUCUCCCUCGUCGGAUUGGAAAGUGUAGCAAGUAUCUCUUCGAUAAAUUUCUCUAACGACCGUCCACAACGGUUUGGAAAUAGUUCGCCUUCCACCGAACGGCCCAUUGUCAAGCCAGCGAGAAAGAGAUCCACAGACGCUCUUAGUCUAUUGGAUGCCUACGUCAAUGAAGGUAUGCAGAAUGCAACCUUCGAAGAUGACCGAAGAAGCGAAUUGAAGGCACCCAAGUCUGCGAGACUUGAGAGAGUCGUGAGCUCAGAUGGUUCUUCCCUCUGCUCUUCUACCUCUUACCGAUCUUCGCAAUCUUCCCCACAAGACCAGUUGACGGAUCAUUCCUCACAACAGGACAUCUUGAUGGAGCGAUAUCUCAUGCUGGUGAAAGAUGCCAAGCUCAAAUCCAAAACCAACGCACCUCAGAUGCCACAACGAAAGGCCUCUAUUGUGCGAAGAGUCUCCUCCGUUAUGCCGCUCUCAAUGCCUGUACGAAAAUCCUCAAUGGCAAACUUCACUGCUUCGACGUCUCGACGACGAUCUGUAUAUUGA